AUUCAGAUUCACAAUCAGAUUUCGAUUUGGAGUCAGUUCCCGAUUCCGAUUCCCCCGAUUCAGUUGCAGAUCACGUCGCCGAGUUUGCCAGCUGGGAACGCACAGCACACGCACCGCCUACGUCAGCAAAAUCACGUUGCAAAUAUCGGCCAAAAGAGCGUUUUUGGCCAAAAAUCCUAUUUCCUUUUAGAACCCCCUUUCGAUAAAAUGGCCAUCAAACCGGGACUCGGUCGCAAGACGAGCAACAAGAACCCACCGAUCCUGAGCCACGAGUUCGUGAUCCAGAACCAUGCGGACAUCAUCUCGUGCGUGGCCAUGGUCUUCGUCGUUGGCCUGAUGAACGAAUCGACGGCUGCCUUUGCCAGCGCCUUCAUAUCCCUGCAUCAUAAUGUCAGCGGCGAGGAUCCCAGCCGGGAGCAGCCCUACGGCAAGGCCUACACCUACAUCGCUGGCAUCAAGGACUACUGUGCGAUAUUCUUCUACACGCUGACCUGCAUCAUCAUGCACGCGAUCAUCCAGGAGUUUGUGCUGGACAAGAUCAGCAAAAAGCUGCAUCUAUCCAAGUUCAAGCUGGCCCGGUUUAAUGAAUCCGGCCAGCUGGUGGCCUUCUAUCUGCUGUCCUUCGUCUGGGGCGCCCAUGUGCUGCUGAAGGAGGGCUACCUCGGCCAGGUGGCCCAGCUGUGGGAGGGCUUCCCCGAGCAUCCGAUGAGCUUCCUGCACAAGUUCUACUUCAUCGUCCAGCUGGCCUACUACCUGCACAUGCUGCCCGAGCUGUACUUCCAGAAGAUCAAGACCAAGGAGGAGCAGCAGCCCAAGAUUGUGCAUUCGAUCAGCGGUUUCACCUUGAUUGUGCUCGCCUACACGCUGAGUUUCCAGCGCUUGGCUUUGGUCCUUCUAACGCUGCACUACUUCAGCGAGCUGCUGUCGCAUGUCUUCCAGCUCAUCGGCGUCUUUGAUCGCGAGGAGCGUCUGGCCAAGCUGAGGGUGGUCAACAACGCAGUCUUCUUCCUUGCCCGCUUUGCCACGUCGGUGAUUGGCGUGCUGACGCUGUAUUAUGGCAUUGGAGGGCUGCGAUCCCUGCUCGCUUUGGGCGGCCUGAUUGCCCUGCAGGGCUACCUGGUCUUCUCCUUCAUCACCGAGCAGCUGCGCGCCAAGCGGGAGGCCAAGAAGGAGGCCAAGCGGGAGGCCAAGCUGGCGCUGCAGACGAAGAAGCCCAAGGACAAGGCGGCCAGCAAGGAGAAGGUGAAGCGCAAGAAGGAGAGCGACCUGCCCGAGGCGGACCAAACCCAGUCCAGUCCCGUCAAGCAGAAGCUCAAGUGAGGGGCAGCAAAUGCCGGGCAGAGCAACAAAAUCUUCCGCACACUUCCAAUCCAAAAUGAGAGAUGUUUGAGAGCAGCACCAUGAACAGAAGGAAUCCCUGUCUUCUUUGUAAAUCUCCGUUUAGCUCAAGAACCACACUACUGCAAACAUUUCAGCUGCAUUUAUACUUCCUCCUCCUCGACACACACACAACACACCACAAACAAACUAUAUUUCUCUAGCCUAAAUGUUUUGUUUCAUUUUAAGUUUACAUCCUUUUUUAAACAAAUUUUUUUUAUUUUUAUACAUACCUUAAAAAAUGAAAAAAAGAGAAAACAAAAAAAUAUAACAACAAAAAAAACAACAAACAAACAACAAGAAAAGCUUAAUGUAACGUGUGUUUUUGAAUUGUUCUUCCUUGAAUGUAAGCAAAUUGAUUUAACAACAAUUUCCGAUCGUCCUACUUGCGUGUAAAACUAUUUUUUUAGAGAAGAUCAACAAGAAGUUGAAGAUUGUAACGACGAGGCAAACAAAACAUUUGCUAAAUAUAUAAAAAAUA